CCCCAAGUUAGUGGCAUCCAGCUGUGAUUGAGUGCAAGGAAGAAGAUGCCUAGGCCCUCCAGGGAGUCUUACGGCGACCAGAAGCCGCCCUAUUCCUACAUCUCCCUCACAGCUAUGGCGAUAUGGAACUCCCCCGAAAAGAUGUUGCCGUUAAGUGAAAUCUACAAGUUUAUAACCGAUCGAUUUCCGUACUACAGGAAAAACACGCAGCGAUGGCAGAAUUCUUUGAGGCAUAACCUGUCGUUCAACGACUGUUUCAUCAAGAUCCCUAGGCAGCCUGAUAGACCCGGGAAAGGAGCAUAUUGGGCGUUACACCCCGCCGCGUUUGACAUGUUUGUGAACGGUAGCUUACUUCGCAGGAGGAAGCGCUUCAAACUCCUCAAAAGCGACAAGGAAAUGCUGGAGAACGAACUCGCUGCUCUGACGAACAUCAACAGGAUCUUCUUCUCGCCUCCAAAUCCUCCGAUGGACGUGAACCCAGCUGCUGUAGCACCGACUCAAACAUCUCCGACGUUACCUCCAAAGACUUCUCCGGAAACUACUUCCCCAGUGACUUGUAUCAGACCCAAGAGGUCGUUUACGAUAGAGAGCCUCAUCUCGCCGGACAAACCGACCCCAGUGCAACCAAGUGCGACACAUGCGACACACAUAGUGCCCCACGUGCACCCAUGGGUACUCUCGUCGAGCUGUUACGACCUGGCGGCGUUCUCCAAUCCCAUGGCGUUGAUGCAAACAACGUCGAACCCCUACGAUGGAUAUGGACUGUCUUCUCCGGAAGAGUUGUUUAGGGUGGCACAGUUAUAGCUUACCAGAAUGUGAGUUGUUUGUUCCUUGUCUCGUUGUGCACGCGGGUAUGCUACGGGGCUUCCACAAAGAGGUGCCAAGUGGAAAGAUGGGCCGUCAAACAUACCUAUUGGCUCUCUCUGUGGAGGACCCUGUCUAGCCGCAAAGCGUUUCGGUCGGAAAGAAGGUAUCCACAGAUCUCUUCGGCUUGAUACUUAGGACGUCCAGUGAUUUAUUUAUAAUUAUUUUUGUACAUAUUAUAUAGACGGCAUAUGAAUGCAGAUGACCGGUUACAACGGUUGUUUUAUUGUCAUGGGAUAUCACUUAGAUCGUUUCAGUAUUUCAAGUGUCCUUUUUACUAACUCUUAUUCCAAUGUUUCAACAAACACGGUUUUUGAGUUAUUGAAAAUGGUGUGACUUUAGUACUACAUCUGCUUCAUCGCAUUUGUUUUAAUCAGUAAUUAGAAGCCUCAGCAAGGUUUAAAGAAGUUUCGGUUGGCGCAGCAAGAUGAAGAGGAAUAACUAUAUAAAAUAUCAUUUAUAUUCGAAAUUUUUCAAUUUCUUAGAAGACUGUGAUUUAUUAUGUUUGAUAAUGCCUCACAAACUUAUUCGAUAGCACAAGCCGACAAGAUUCUUAUCACGAAAGUAUACUAAUCCGAAAAUGUUUGUUGCGCUGAAUCCGAAUCGGCAGUCGAAGACUCUAAAUUGGCUCUAUUUUCCGAGGUAUUCUAACCUAAAGGUGCAAAGGUUCCUUAUUGAUAUCCGAAUAUUUAAGGAUGUGAAUCUACAUGAAAAAUUAAUGUCAGUUUGCUUUAAAACUAUGGUCCAAAAAUGUUUCCUUACAAGAACUCGGGGUGUUGAAGUUUUAGGACAAAAAUGGAAAUUAAUUCCCGCUUCAGAUAUUUCACUGAUAUUUAUUAGUAGGUAGUGAAAGUCAAUGCAAAAAUAAUUUUUAGCUUUAACAGU